GGUGGAUUAUGGCCUGAACCCUCAUAGGAGGCCUGUGUCCCAGCAGUGGGAACAUAUAUGGGCUGAUAAUGAUGACAUUAACUUGAAACCAGCGAAUGGAUUUUAAUUAUACUUGGCAAGGAUAUAGCUUCUGUACUAGAAUAAUACAAGAACGCUAGAAAUACUUGCUUUAGCCCGCGGGGUGGUCCAGGGGUAAAAUCAUGCUGCCCAGCAAGUAAAUAAUAAUGCUUAUCCUAGUAGAGACAAAUUAAACAACCCAAAAAUCAUAAAAAAGUCGUUCCGCCAUUGAACUGCUCAGCCGAUCAGCAACUAACACAUCUUUUUUAUAUGUAUUAUAAAACUUACAUUAAGACGCUAUUUACAAAAUCAACUUUAUGAUUAAGUUACCUAAUUCAACGUUUGAACGUCGAUCCAAAAAAUAGUUAGAAAUGUGAAGAUGAAGUUAUUUGAAAAGCUGCCAAAAAUAUACGUACGCAAUCUUCCCAAAAUAACUUGCAUGUAGAUUAGUAUCACGCUAACUCUCAGGAGUCUUACUAACAUAAUCGUGAUUUUAAAAAUAUUUUUGUCAAAAUGAGUGGCGACGCAGCCUCUCUUCCGUGCCCUAUAUGUUUACACACCGGUGUUUUUAAUACAGCACAAUCGUUAAGAGACAGAUUAAUAUAUGUUUCUACAAAUACAAUUGUGUGUCCUAUCUGCCAAGAAGAGGUGACAGGUUUGGAUAAAUUAACGAUACACUUAUUCAGUCACGUGAACAUUAUUCCCUUAAAAAAAGGAGAACAAGGAAAAGAAUUGGACAUAAAAAAAUCACAUACUUACGAAAAACAAGUAAAUGUGGCAGAAAAACCGAAAAAGUGUAAAGUUAGAAAUAAACCAAGUACUUCGACAUCUUGUGCGCCUGUAAAGUUUGUGAAAAUAUAUCCAAAGUUACCUGUUGUUGCAUUGAACACAAUGCCUGUGAUUAGUUCUAAUAACGUAGCGUCUAAUCCAUUAUUUAUUACAUCUACAAUAAAGAAUGAAACUCCAUCAUUGCAAAGGGCUAAUAAAUGUAACAUUUGCGGGGUACAGUUUGUGAAUGAAGGCAUAUUAAAAAUGCAUAACAGUAUAAUACAUAAUAUUGAAGACAAGGAUAAUUCAAUAACAAAAUAUAAUUGUCAUCUUUGUUCCAAACAUUUUAAAAUGCGCGGGUCUCUCAUGGUUCAUUUAAGGGUAGCACACUAUGGAUUUACACAUAUGAGUAAAACAAAUCCAGACACUGAAGAUUCGAUGAGUAAAAAUGAUGAUACGAAUGUUCCUAUUGAAGAAGAGAAACCAGCAGAUUAUUUAAGAACAGAUGGAAAGCAAUGGCAAUGUGAUGUAUGCAAUAAAUUUUUCACUACAAAGUACUUCUUGAAAAAACAUAAACGGCUUCACACAGGUGAAACUCCGUAUGCUUGCACGCAAUGCAACAAGACCUUCACAUUUCAACAGUCCUUCCACAAGCACCUCCUAUAUCAUAAUGAUGACAAGCCACACGUAUGUAAUUUUUGUGGGCGAGCUUUCAAGGAACUAUCUACUUUACAUAACCACCAACGAAUACACACGGGUGAAAAACCAUUUGCAUGUGAAACUUGUGGUAAAUGUUUUCGCCAAAGAGUGUCGUAUUUAGUACAUAGAAGAAUACAUACCGGGGCCAUGCCGUAUAAAUGUACCGCAUGUGAUAAAAAUUUUAGGUACAAGGUUUCCCAAAGAACACAUAAAUGUCAGGCGCAACCGCCAGGUACAGUGGUACGAAAAUCAACGGACCUAGUCGAAAAAUUAAAAAAGAUAAAUUCAGAUCAUGAUGACAACAAGCAUACAUCAAAAAAAACUGAACAUUCCCAAAAACUAAAUUAUGUAGAAGUGUCUGAAGCAAAUGCCGAAUUAGUUAGAAAUAGUGCACAAUUAUCAUUAGAAGAUUUAGAAUCGGAAAAUUUUUCCAUUAUUUCUAAUUGUGUUUCUGAAAAUUCAAAGGAAUUAAAUAGUAUUGUUAAAAAUAAAACGAUAACAAUUCAAGAACCUAUAAUGCAGAAUGAGAAAGGAUACGAAUCGAAUUUGGAGGAACUAAUUGACUCUAUUCCUAUUGAUGAUAAAAAUAUACCCUCGCCGUCAGAAAUUUUGAAAAAUUUAUGUUUAUCAAAUGAAGACGAUUUCUUACAUAUACUUGAAUAA